AUGUCUGCCUCAGUCAAGUCUUGGCGCGACAGCGCGUACCUCGUCAUCUCAAGCAUCCAGCUGGCGGCCAUGCUUUUGGUCGACCUCGUCCCGUUCUACCCAACAGCUCUCUACGCGACAUCUUCGUCGCCAUUGCACUUCCUCCAGGUCCUCCGCGACUUCUACAUAUCAACCUACAACGACCCUUUCUUCACCGCCUCUCACGAGAACCUCCCCUCGUGGUUCAAGCUCUUCACCUACCUCGAGAUCUUUUAUCAGCUGCCCAUGGCCGCCUGGAUGGUCUACAGGUUCUCAAGGAGCACCGGCACGACGCCCGGCUUCGAGCUCGCCGUCUUGGUCUUCAGCGUCGAGUGCGCCCUCACGACGUUGACCUGCAUCUACGACGUCUUCCACUGGGACCCUGCGGUGUACAGCCAAGCUCAGAAAAACGUCUUUGUCUUUAACCUCUACGGCCCAUGGGUCAUUAUCCCGACAUUAAUCGGUUUGGACAUGUGGCUCCGCAUCCUGAAGCGGGUGAAAGUUGCAGACAAGGCCAAAAAGCUGCAAUAA